GCUCCCCACCACGAUCACACCAUCACUCUCACCUCCACCUCUACACCACUGGUGUCCCCUCUACACUACCGGUGUUAAUGAUGGCAGCUUUCCGUCACACUCCCUUGACCUUCGUCAGGUGGUUGAAUAUGACGGGUGAUUGCCCAACAAAAGGAAGCUGCUUGACAAAUUACUGCCCCGUAAAUUCUACCUGUCAAACAUUUAAAGAAAUCUAUAGGACAGCCCGGAACUUCUGUGAAAAGGUGUGGGACAAUGCUUGGAAAUAUGCUGAACCGACAACACCAUGUAUGCACCUACAGUUCAACCAAUCUGCCAUCAAUCCAAAUGAUGCUGUUGCUCUACAUUAUGCACAGAUUAUAGCUGGUUCCCAGAUGCACAGCUGCAACCUAAUGUGGUUUAGUAUACAACUUGCUGUUUGGGCAUUUAUCAAUAGAAUAUUGAGUUGCAUCCUAGACUUGGCUUGUUGCCAUAGUUCAUUAAUUAACUCUUUACUUUUGACUAUAAACUUGCCCUUGCUGAGGGGAAACGAUUCUAUUAAAAUGUUUACAAAGAAAAAAAAAAAUUCUGUGUAAUAUCCUGAUCACAUAAGUGUGCUGUAUUCUGGUUCUGCCCUUGUGCCUUGUCUACCUCUAUUAAAUUAUCUGAAAUGUGCCAGAAAUAAAAUGCUUCUUUAUUUCUAUCAGACAUCACCCAAUGAAAUUUUGGUAGAUUCUCAACCACAUUGGAGUUGUCAAACUUGCAGCCAAGGCCAUUUUACUUGUUCUGUUUCACACGUCCCCUCUCCCCCUUAAAAAAAAAAAUUAGUUUGGAAA